AUGUCUACCGAAAGUUCUUUGAAACACGACCAUCAGCACCAGGAGGGAACCACGGGCCUUCGCAACACCUACAAUUCGCAGGACCCAACUUUGUACCAGGAUAUUGAACUCCAGAAGGUGGAAGUUGGCGGUGAUAACCAAGAGUUUGUCUACAUCGGCCGCCAAAAAUUCUUGAAAGAUGAGUUGUACACUGCUUUCGGUGGUACUUUGAACCCCGGUUUAGCCCCACCGGCUGCACACAGGUUUGCCAACCCAGUUCCACUUGGGUUAUCGUCAUUCGGCUUGACCACGUUUGUGUUGUCCAUGUUCAAUGCCCAGGCGAUGGGUAUCAAGAUUCCCAAUCUCGUUGUGGGACUUGCUUGCUUCUACGGGGGGUUGAUGCAGCUGAUUGCUGGUAUUUGGGAAAUCGCUUUGGAGAACACGUUCGGUGGUACAGCGCUUACCAGCUACGGUGGGUUCUGGUUAUCGUAUGCAUCAAUUUUCAUCCCAUGGUUCGGCAUCCAAGACGCAUACAAGGAUGCUCCUGAACAGUUGUCGGAUGCCAUUGGGUUUUUCCUAUUAGGAUGGACUAUUUUCACCGUGGGAAUCACCGUGUGCACGAUGAAGUCCACCGUUGCGUUCUUCACGUUGUUCUUCUUGUUGACCAUCACAUUCUUGCUCUUAACUAUUGGCGAGUUCACUCGUAAAACCGGGGUCACCAAGGCCGGAGGGGUCUUGGGUGUUGUGGUUUCAUUCAUCGCAUGGUACAACGCCUACGCCGGUGUGGCCACGAAGGAGAACUCUUACAUUGUCGUGAAGCCGCUCCCAAUGCCUCAGAUAAAGAAGUUUGCUUAG